ACAGGCAGAAGACGCCGCGCGAGGCUGCAGCAGGCGUCGCGUCGCGCCGCGCUGAUAUUUAAACCAUCCACACAUCGCGAAUGCCAGAGAUGCGAGUUGUAGCGGUUUCUGCGCUGGGAACAGAAAGAUGCUGCCUUUCCCGAGCCGACGCGUUCACGGAUUAAGCUGGAUUUCAGGGACACACCUGUAGAUUUUUCACAUGCUCUGCAUAAUGCCUGAUCUGAGACAGUUCCUGAUUUUAGUGCUCUUCCUGGGCUCGUUUGGAGAAUGCCGGAGUAAACACAGCACGAGAGAGAGGAGGUGGACAGGAGCUGUGGAAACUCAGAAGCAUGGGACCUCCCUGGCAAAGAAGCCACCGGAUGUGACAAAAUCACGGCGACUGAAAACAGAGCAGCUGUUGAAAGUGGACGACCAUGACUUCACCAUGAGGCCCGCGUUUGGAGGUCCUGCUAUUCCAGUGGGAGUAGAUGUACAAGUGGAAAGCUUGGACAGUAUUUCAGAAGUAGACAUGGACUUCACUAUGACAUUAUACCUGAGACACUACUGGAAGGAUGAGCGCUUGUCUUUCACCAGCACCACAAAUAAAAGCAUGACUUUCGAUGGGCGCUUGGUGAAGAAGAUCUGGGUUCCUGACGUCUUCUUCGUCCACUCUAAAAGAUCUUUUAUUCAUGACACCACCACAGAAAAUAUCAUGCUGAGAGUGUUCCCUGAUGGUCACGUUCUUUACAGCCUGAGGGUCACCGUUACAGCAGCCUGCAACAUGGACUUCAGCCGUUUCCCGCUGGAUUCACAGUCCUGCUCUUUGGAGUUGGAGAGCUACGCCUACACGGAUGAGGAUCUGAUGCUGUACUGGAAAAGUGGAGAUGAGUCUUUGAGUAUAGAUGACAAAAUCUCUCUCUCUCAGUUCCUCAUACAGAAGUUUCACACCACCUCUCGACUGGCUUUCUACAGCAGCACAGGGUGGUACAACCGCCUGUAUAUAAACUUUACUCUUCGCCGCCACAUUUUCUUCUUCCUGCUACAGACUUAUUUCCCUGCCACACUUAUGGUUAUGUUGUCAUGGGUAUCAUUCUGGAUUGAUCGCAGGGCUGUUCCUGCCAGAGUCUCAUUAGGUAUCACCACGGUGCUCACCAUGUCCACCAUCAUCACUGGGGUGAACGCCUCCAUGCCCAGAGUCUCCUACAUCAAAGCUGUGGACAUUUACCUGUGGGUCAGUUUUGUGUUUGUGUUCCUGUCUGUCUUGGAGUAUGCAGCAGUCAACUAUCUGACCACGGUCCAGGAGAGGAGAGAGCGUAAGCUCAGAGAUCGAGCAGUUAGAGAGCAGUCAUUGCCCUGCACCUGUGGUAUGUCCCACACCAGGACCAUGAUGUUGGAUGGGACCUACAGCGAGGCUGACACCAACAGCUUGGCUGGCUACACAGAAGCUCCCAUGGUUCCCGAUGAAGUGGGGCCAGAGAAGCAGGAGCACAUGGUGGUUCAUCUGUCAGUGAGCAGCGAAUCUACCAACACUAAGAAAAAGGGCAUCCGCGCCUUACGCAUCAUGCAGAACACGCAUGCCAUUGAUAAAUACUCCCGCAUGAUCUUCCCUGGAGCCUAUAUUAUUUUCAACCUUAUUUACUGGUCGGUAUACUGCUGAUCGUUCACCAGCUACAUCCAUCUUUUAAACUUUUUAUGGACGUUUUUAUACAAUCAUCCUUGAUUUUGUGAUGCACAUCAAACAUUGGCGCAUGUGAUACCAAACUGCAGUUAACUUUGUCACUUUUCAUACGCAAAAAGACUGGCGAAAUGCAAAGUGAAGGCAGGUUAGAAAUCGCUUCGUUUAGGGCUUUUCAGGUUUAUGACAAAUGAACUUUACAACACUUAUCAGAUUUUUUUACAGGCUUAUGUGUUUUCUCUUCAUGUUUGUGUCAUUGGACUAUUAAUGAUAUAGUAUGUACAGAGCAAGAAAGUCUGGUGUUAGCUUCUGUUUUAAAGGUGUACUAAUUAAUUUUUCUACUGUUAUACAGCUAACAAAAAUUAUUCGUUUUAAUAAAUAUGGUACACACUCACCAGAUCCAGUCAUAUCGCUGGCUUAGUAAAUGCAGGUGUGAAUACAUAAUGUGGGUUGCCAUGUUGAGAUCCUACGACUAGCUGUGUUGUGCAAUUUAAGCAGUUUAAUAAUAAGUUAAAACAUUUAUUUAUAUAGCAUAUAUUUAUACAGUUUAGCCAUGCUAAGGGUGCUCUACGAAAUAAAUAAAUCAGAGAUUAAACUAAUCAAACGUUCUUAAAAAUUUUUUUUACAUAAUUAUUUAGUGCACCUUUAAGUCUAUAGGCAAGACCGGAUGUUUAUGCAAAGGCAAUCACUCAUCUUAAUGUAAAUUAUUUGGAUAUGUUUAUGUGGUGUGUGUAUGUGAGUGUAUUUGAUACCAUUAUA